AAAAAUCAGUCCAUUCCAAAUAAGUAGGUAACCUGAAUGAAGGAUGUGAACUGCAGUCAGUUUUUAGAAUUUCUGCGUGAAAAUAAAAUGCUUUAUUAUGUGUUAUUCGUGUUGAUAGGCAUUGCAGGGGAUGUUGCUAGUAAUGAAUCAGAAGCACCGAGAACAAAAAUAAAGCAGGGAGAAAUUAUAGGAACAACUUAUUUAACGUAUUCUGGUAGAAAAGUGUGGGGAUUUUAUGGAUUACCUUUCGCUGCACCUCCUGUAAAAGAACGCCGUUUCGAACCUCCUUAUCCACCCGAACCAUGGGAUAAGCCCAAAAUUGCAACCAACAAAUCAGAUUUCUGCGUUCAGUUAGAAUUUGCAGCCCCAGCUGUUUCCACUGGUAACGAAGACUGCCUUUAUUUGGAUGUUUACACGCCAAAAGUUCCAAAAGAUGGAAAAUGUGAUAAACUACUCCCAGUUUUGGUUCAUUUUCACUCCAGCUCAGCAUUUUUCUUUUCUGGAACCCCGCAGGAAGCUUACUACUUGUUAGAUAAACAUGACGCUGUAUUUGUAACAAUUAAUUACAGGCUGGGCAUUUUUGGUUAUCUUACAACUGGUGACGAUGUCGUCCCUGGGAAUAACGCAUUUAAAGACCAGGUCAUGUCGCUGAAAUGGGUGCAAGAAAACAUUAGAUCAUUUUGUGGUGAUCCAAACUUGGUAACUGCAGAAGGAAUAUCGGAAGGGGCUAAGGGUGCAUCAUUACUCAUGCUUUCUCCACUUGGCAAAGGCCUAUUUCAUCGUGUAAUUGCGUCCAGUUUCAAUAGUUUCACUAUCAUCGCUUUUCACGCUGAAGGAAAGGAACUUGCUAAGACGGUCGCUAAUCAGUUAAAUUGCCCAACUAAAAAUUCCAAAGAAAUGGUUGAAUGUUUAAAACUAAAAAAUUCGUACAUAUUUUUUGACCUUGAAUUGCAGUUUCGAAAAUUAUUUAUUUUACCGCUUGAAGUCUACGGAAGUACUAUAGAAAUAUGCCACAAAGGUGCAUUGUUGUCAAAAACACCUAUAAAAGCUCUUGCUGAUGGAGACUUAGCUCAGAAUGUGCCAAUUCUCCAUAUAGAAACGGAGUAUGAAGGGAAUAUAUUGGCUUAUUUCAUGGCUGUUCCUGGCUUGAUGGAAGUUAUGGACUUGACUUACAGAAAAAAUUUGAAAUACAUGUUGGAUUUUUAUCAUACGAUGCCACCUCAUCUUUUUAAAAACACUUCCGAAGCAAUUAAACAAGAGUAUUUUGGAGAUGGCUUAAUGUCACUUAAUGAACGUGGUUUCAAGUCUAUGGUAACUGAUGCGCUUAUUUCUGAAGGAUCAUACACACAAUGGCUACAAUUUGCCAAACAUUCUAAUAUGCCAGUGUAUAAUUUUCGCGAUUGCUACCGAGGCGUGUUCAGCACCAGCAUAUUUCUUUCACUUGUACAGUCGAAUAAAGAUUAUGGCGCUUCUCACACCGAUGCCAGUUUAUAUGUUAUUUUCGAUAGUGCGUUUGAUAAGAAAAUACGUUUAAGUAAAAAAGAUAAAGCCAUGGUAGAUUUCAUGACAGAAUUGUACUAUUCCUUCAUGGUUGAUGGUAAACCUUCAGUUGCUGAUAAGUUAGGCUGGUUGCCACAACCCAAAACCGGAGAUGAGGCUUAUUAUUUGCAGUUUGAAAAUCCUUAUCGUAUGUAUUUGAAAAAAAAUGACAACUACGGUAACCGUAAAUUUUGGCACUCGCUGCCAAUUCAGAAAUAUUACGGAUUCCCGGAUGACUUUUGCGAACUUGAGAGUACAAAAACGGCGAGUACGAAUAAUGGACGAGAUAAAAACAACGAGAACAAGAAACCUGAACUGAAACAAGAUGAAAAAGAAAAAGAGCAAUACGAUCAGCAAGUAUCAUGUGAUAGAAACCAAGAAGAAAAAAUGCAACGUCUACAUAACCAAGAGAAGUGGCAGAAUCAUCAUAGUAAAGAAGAUGAGUUGCACCAACAAUAAGUACAGGUGUACCAAAUACAUCACCAGCAAGAUUAGCAGAAUUUGAAACAUUUGAAAGAAUGGAAAAAAUCUUACGAGAAACCUCAUUCGAAGGCAUAAAAAUGUAUUUUUACUAUCCUCAAUCGAUUCAAAAAAGUAGGUACCUACAUACUUUUUGAAAAAUACAUAGCUGAAAAAUAACAAUUAUUAUAAACCUGCACACGA